AUGGCAAUUCGAUGCAGCGCUUUUGUUCCGGUGGGACUGAAACCUAGCGUGAAGAAACUUCUCAACGACAUUCUCUUUGAAAUUGACAAGCAAAAGCAUCAGGAUUCUAUUUUAUCGUCAUGGGACGAAAGGCAGCUCAUCGACCAACUCAGAAGAUCACUAGCGACCAAGAGGUACUUCAUCGUGAUUGAUGAUAUAUGGGAUACAGAAGCGUGGGAAAUAAUCAGAUGUGCUCUUGUUGAUAAUAAUUGUGCAAGCAGGAUAGUCACAACUACUCGUAUUCUCGAGGUUGCGACAAAAACCGGUGAAGUAUACAAGCUAAAACCACUUUCUCAUGAUUUAGCCGAGGAACUAUUUCAUACAAGAUUGUUUGGUGGCAAAAACAAAGGCGCUUGUCAUCAGCCAGCAGAGGUAUACGAGAAAAUGUUGCAUAAAUGUGGUGGUGCACCGUUGGCUAUAAUCACAAUGGCUAGCUUGCUUGUUGGUAAACCAGUGGAGUUUUGGUCUAAGGUGUACAACUCAAUUGGUUUUGGAAAUGAAGAUAACAAAGAUGCCAACAACACGAGGAAGAUACUUUUAUUUAGCUACUAUGAUCUGCCUUGCUAUCUAAGGACUUGCUUAUUGUAUAUGAGCAUAUAUCCAGAAGAACAUCUAAUCGAGAAAGAUAGUCUGAUAUGGAAGUGGGUUGCCGAGGGUUUUAUUCAUGAGGAAGCAGGGGUAGGAUUAUAUGAGAUUGGUGAAAGAUAUUUCAACGAGCUGAUAAAUAAAAGCAUGAUACAACCGGUAGAUUCCCACCCGUAUGAUCGCACCAUUACAGGUUACUACGACAUCAUUACGGGUUGCCGUAUUCAUGAUAUAGUUCUUGACAUGAUCUGUCGGUUAGCAAAGGAAGAAAACUUUGUCACUGCAUUGUACAAUAGUGAGCAACAAGCAUAUCCAAUACAUGACAAUGUCCGUAGGUUAGCUGUUGGAGACAAAAACUGUCUGGCUAACACAUGUAUGCCACAAGUAAGGUCAUUUAAUGUCUUGAGUAUCUUACAGAUGUUGGAGAUGAAGGAUUGCAACAAACUACUGAAACUGCCACAGAGUAUUGGUCAAUUAAGUCAACUCAAGUGCCUGCGUGUUUACGCGGACCGGUUUUCGAUGCUGCAAUGUCUGGAAGACACAGCACUAGACUGGAUCAGAAACCUGACAUCUCUGGAAGAGUUAUGCUUAUUGAACGUCAGUGAGUCCUCAAACUUUGUGAAUGAUCUCGGAAAGCUGAUAGAGUUGAGGAAGCUUUGCAUUGUAUCUUUACGGUUGAAGAGUGCGAGCUUGAUAAAAGAUUGGGAGGAGUCUCUAGCCAAACUGCAGAAAAUUCAGGUCAUAGACAUUGGUUGGUUUAUAUAUAAAGAAGAAGGUGAUGCCACCUACUGCCGAGAAGGCUAUGUCCCCCCUCGCCAACUCCGUGUUCUGCAUAUGCAGUACAAACAACCUGGGCUGCCUAUAAAGAUUAGUCCAUCUCUUCAACCAAACCUCUCCCACUUAUUAUUACAAGUGAAUGCUGUGGAUGUGGAGAUCUUUGGAAGGUUCCCAGAGCUCGUUACUCUCCAGCUGGAUGUGAAUACUUAUCACUAUGAUGUCACGGGAGCUCCAGGUGCAUUCCCCAAGUUGAGAGCUUUCAAGACGGAUGGAACGCCCCGUUUCCUUGGAGUAAUGCCAAACCUUGAAUAUCUCGAGUUCGUUGUCUCAGUUAUGGACCUCAACACUAAACCUGACUUUGGUAGCUUGGUGAAUCUCCCUAUGCUUCGGAGAGUUGUAAUUCUAGUAUGGUACAACUUUAAUGAAUUCGAUUCAGAGGAGGCUAAGGAUGUGGUGAGGGAGGCAAUCUUUUCUGGCCCCAGCGGUUUCACAUUUGAACUGAAGACGUACUAA